AUGAAGUUGUGCAGCAUGAACGGGCCAAGUGAAUCAGAAGUCGAAAGCCUACUGAUGAGCCCCUGCUGGGGACCAACACAGACAAGCAGCCAGGAUCAAUAUCUGCUGGACGGACACAAGCUGCUGCUGGAGCAUGAGCUCGAUUCGCUGCCGAGCGAUGCUGAUCAGAAGAACUCGCUGGAUGUGCUGGAUAAUCUGCUGUUGAACAGCUCCUCGCUGAAUGCCUUGUCCGAUCUGAAGCCGUUGCCUCCAUUCACUGGCUACACCGGGCAUCUGUCUAUCAAUGGCAUCUCGGGGCAUCACUAUCACGCGAUUGCCCAGCGGUUGCCCGAUGAGAGCAAUAACAACUACAUACAGAGCGCCUACCAGCAACACCAUCAACAUCAACAUCAGCAACAGCAACAGCAGCAGCACCAGCACCAACAGUCGAACAACAACAAUUCGAAUGCGAAUCCCACGUCAACAACAGCCGCGACGACGACAUGCAGUGGGACAGGCGGGGUCGGCGGCGGCGGUGGGGGCGGCAGUGGUGGCUCCUCGCAAGAGCACAAUAUCGUAUCCUCGUCCACCUGCCUGCCCGAAAGCGUUCUCAGCGCGGAUGCUGACGCCUGCCUCAACGAUGUCAAGCUCUUUGCCGAUAGUCAGUUAGAUUCUAAGCUCUACUCCGUAGCGGACAGCUGUGUUAUAAACGCCUCCAAUCAGGGUGGCAAUGGUGGUGGUGGUGGUGUCUCCUCGCUGGCCAGCAGUGGGUCUACGCUGACGCCGAUCGACCAGGUUGCCGACUCGCUGCACGGCAGCGGAGUGCGCAUCUACAAGGAUCUGACCGAGUACGUGGACAUGAAUAGCAUCGAUGACAUUGCCGCGAUCAUUGGCUCGGCGAUAGCGGACACCACGGUGCCCAAUCAGCUGGACAAGGAGGAGGGCAAUGAUACGCGCGACAGCUGGAUGGAUCUGGAUGCCUGGAUCGAUGGCAACUGCAUUCAGCCCGAGGGCAAAGUGCUCGUCUCUCAGCAGGAUACGCUUAGCGACUUCAUGCUGCCCCACUCACCGCUGCCGGUGCACGCGAGCAGCUCAACGCUGCAGAGUCUUCUCAGCCAUGGCUACAUGCCGUUGCUGCAGAAUCGCCUGCAGCAUGGACCACCUGGGGCGGGCAAUGCGCCCGGCAACGGUUCGUCGGCAACAAACACGCUGAAGAGCGAGACGCCCAGUUCUACCUCAUAUUGCAACGAGCUGUCGGCAGCCAGCAGCAGCUGCAGUCCGCCGGGCUCGGUGGUCAGCACCACGGACAACAAUCUGAUGAUCAAUCCGCGCUAUCUGACCAACAAUCCCAAUCCCAACCAGCAACAGCAGCAGCAGCAACAGCAGCAGCAAGCAGCCUACCAGCUAACGCCCAAUGGCCUCUCCGGCACUGGACUGAAGGACGGCGGUCUGUGCAGUCCGGACAUGUUAAGCAAUUAUCCGCAUACGACAAGCACCACAAAUGUGCCCACGGGCACGCCUAAGGCCAAGCGCUCUAGGGCACAGAAGAAGUCCAGCCAGCAGCAGCAACAGCAGCAGAUCCAGGGUGACAAUGGGGCGUCGCAGCUGAACGCUAUGUCGCCAUCGGGCGUGGCCAGCUUCAGUGCCAGCGAUCUGAGUGGACUGCUAGGCAAGGAGAAGCCGGUGCAUCGUUGCAGCAUCUGCAAUCGCGGCUUCUUGAACAAGUCAAACAUCAAGGUGCAUCUGCGCACGCACACGGGCGAGAAGCCCUUCCGCUGCGACGUGUGCGCCAAGGCCUUUCGCCAGAAGGCGCACUUGCUCAAACAUCAACAGAUACAUAAGAGAAUUGGGCGUGACUGA